AGAGCGCAGUUCUGAUAUGGGGAAGAAACACAAGAAACACAAAGCAGAGAAGGCAGAAUGGCGCUCGGCCUCCGCUACUGCGUAUGGCGAUUAUGUGGAUAAGCCUUUGGAAAAACCAUUAAAGCUGGUGCUUAAAGUUGGAGGGAGUGAAGUGACUGAACUUUCUGGAUCAGGGCAUGAUUCUAGUUACUAUGAUGAUAGAUCAGAUCAUGAGCGAGAACGACAUAAAGAGAAAAAGAAAAAAAAGAAAAAAAAGUCUGAGAAGGAAAAAGAAAAACAUCUAGAUGAUGAGGAAAGAAGAAAGAGAAAGGAAGAGAAAAAGAGGAAAAGGGAGAAAGAACAGUGUGACACUGAAGGAGAAACUGAUGACUUUGAUCCUGGGAAAAAAGUGGAGGUUGAGCCCCCUCCAGAUCGUCCUGUCAGAGCAUGCAGAACUCAGCCAGGUGAGCACUCUGAAAACGAGAGCACACCGAUCCAGCAAUUGCUAGAGCACUUUCUUCGCCAGCUUCAAAGGAAAGAUCCUCAUGGGUUUUUUGCUUUUCCAGUCACGGAUGCCAUUGCUCCUGGAUAUUCCAUGAUAAUAAAGCACCCCAUGGAUUUUGGUACAAUGAAGGAAAAAAUUGCAGCAAACGAAUACAAAUCAGUCACUGAAUUCAAGGCAGAUUUUAAACUGAUGUGUGAUAAUGCAAUGACUUACAACAGACCAGAUACUGUUUACUACAAGCUAGCCAAGAAGAUACUGCACACAGGCUUUAAGAUGAUGAGCAAAGAACGGCUGUUAGCUUUGAAGCGCAGCAUGUCGUUUAUGCAGGACAUGGAUUUUUCUCAGCAGGCAGCUCUUUUGGGUGAUGAAGAUACAGCAGUUGAGGAACCUGUCCCUGAAGUUGUUCCUGUACAAGCAGAGACAACCAAGAAAUCCAAAAAGCAAAAUAAAGAAGUUAUUAGUUGCAUAUUUGAACCUGAGGGAAAUGCAUGCAGCCUGACAGAUAGUACUGCUGAAGAACAUGUCCUGGCGCUAGUGGAACACGCGGCGGAUGAAGCUCGGGAUAGGAUCAAUCAAUAUCUACCCAACAGCAAGAUUGGUUAUCUGAAAAAAAAUGGAGAUGGAACUUUAUUAUUUAGCGUAGUAAAUUCAUCUGAUCCAGAGGCUGAAGAGGAAGAGACUCACCCAGUGGAUCUGAGUUCACUGUCAAGCAAAUUAUUACCUGGCUUCACUACCCUGGGCUUUAAAGAUGAACGAAGAAAUAAAGUAACCUUUCUUACAAGUGCUAGUACAGCACCUUCCAUGCAAAACAACUCUAUAUUUCAUGAUUUAAAACCAGAUGAAAUGGAACUCCUGUACUCAGCAUAUGGUGAUGAAACUGGGAUACAGUGUGCCUUAAGCUUACAAGAAUUUGUGAAGGAUGCUGGAAAUUACAGCAAGAAAUUAGUAGAUGAUCUUCUGGACCAGAUCACUAGUGGAGAUCAUUCCAAAACUGUUUAUCAGCUAAAGCAGAGGCGAAACAUCCCAGUAAAACUACCGGAUGAAGUUAAAGUUGGAGAAUCUGCUGGAGAUAAUAACACAUCUGACUUGGACUUUCUCUCUAUAAAACCAUAUUCAGAUGUAUCACUUGAUAUUUCUAUGUUAAGCUCAUUAGGGAAAGUGAAGAAGGAGCUUGAUCAUGAUGAUAACCAUUUACAUCUGGAUGAAACAACUAAGCUGCUGCAGGACCUUCAUGAAGCUCAGGCCGACCGAGUGGGAUCCCGGCCAUCAUCCAAUUUGAGUUCCCUCUCCAAUACCUCUGAAAGAGACCAACAUCAUCUUGGAAGCCCUUCUCAUCUGAGUGUUGGAGAACAGCAAGACAUUGUUCAUGAUCCCUAUGAAUUUCUUCAGUCUCCAGAAACCUCAAAUGCCACUACUAACUAAUCUGACAUGUACUAUAUGUGUUUUGUAUUUUAAUUGUAUUAUGUUUUUAUAAAGUUUUUGUCUAUGGCAGAAACAUCAAUUUUGUCCUCUUUUCUAUGAGGAUUCCUGUAUAAUAUUAUCAUAUAUGCUGGAUUAAACAAAAGAAAAAUAGCUACUUAGUACAUCCUGUUGUUAGUGAUGUACCAAAAGCCUGCUUUUGGUUUGUUUGUUGAUAGAGCUCAUUGUCUGCUGGUGUGUAAAUCUUUACUGAAAAGCAACAAUGUGUUAGAAAAAGUUAUAUUUUAUAGAAACCAAUAAGUGACAAUUUUCUCAGUACCAUGGAAGCAGUCAUGGUAGAAUUACCAGUUGUGUUCAGGUCUUGAGUAAUUUCAAAGAGACGUAUUUUAUUUCAGCUGUGACAGAACUCCGUGACUUGUGAUCAUUAUUAUAUUUCCUAUCUCCUAACCCUAAUAAUCCACAGAAGUUGUUUCUGUUUCCCCAUAUUUUUUUUUAAUCCUUUCUAAUCACUCUAGAGAAUAUUUGAGGGUUACAGUACUCGAUAGUUGCCAUAAAAUCCUCAUUAUGAGAAUUCUAUCCUGGAUUUAAAAAAGGCGGAUGUUUUUGUGAUCCCUUGUGUCUUGAAACACAAAGAAAAUAUAAUAAUUUUUAAUUUUAUUUGAUAUCUACAUUUAUUUGGAUGAUGAAAAUA